GCCUCAGGAGGAGCAGGGGAGACGCGGCCGCCAUCUUGUGCGUGCAGCUAUAGCCAGUCAGCCGAGCCAGGCGGGCUGAACGGCCCCUGCGACUUGGCGAGCUCUCCGGAUUCCUCCCCCUCCCCGCCUCCCGCUUCGCUCCCGGGGCUGUGACGGAGCAGCGGAGGCCGCCUCCGACGCCUUUUUUUGUUUCUAUUUUUCCUUUCCCCUCACCGCCCCCCUCCCGCGGGGGGGUUUACGUUGCUGCGCUGGGGGAGGAUGAACGGAGGAUAAAUGGUGCCCAAGGCAGACAGCGGCACCUUCCUCCUCCUCUUCCUCCUGGUACUUAGCAUCACCGAGCCGUUGCGGCCAGGUGCAAGACUAGCUCUGGCAAGACUUCUUUCAGAACUGCGCUGCAUCCCAGGGCAAUUCGCUUGUCGCAGUGGCUCCAUCCAGUGCAUCCCAUUGAACUGGCAGUGUGAUGGAUGGCCCACCUGUGAGGAUGAGAGUGAUGAAGUUGACUGCCCAAAUUUUACUGGGGACCAGCGCACUUACCAUGGGAAGGAUAAUGCGGAUUCCAGGCACAAUCGCGGAAGAGGAGGGGACACGACCCGCUUCCACACCGUCAAUGUGGCACAGCCAGUGCGGUUCAGCAGUUUCCUAGGGAAAUGCCCGUCAGAAUGGCAUCACUACGAGGGCACGGCUAGCUGCUACAGAGUAUACUUAAGUGGCGAGAACUACUGGGACGCCGUCCAGACCUGUCAGAGGGUGAAUGGAUCCCUGGCCACUUUUACAACUGACCAGGAGCUCAAGUUUAUCUUGCAGCAGGAGUGGGACUCGCAAGAUAAAGCCUUUGGGAGGAAAGACCAGAGUAGGUUCUGGGUCGGAUACCAGUAUGUCAUCACAAACCGAAAUCAUUCUCUGGAAGGUCACUGGGAGGUUGCUUACAAAGGUUCAUCGGAAGUAUUUUUGCCCCCUAACCCUACCUUCAGUACGUCCGUGUCGGAAAACGAAAACAUCCUUUGCGCCCAGUUCCAAUGUUCCCACUUCCCGACCCUGCGGCACCGCGGUUUUCACAGCUGGUAUGCUGAAAACUGCUAUGAGAAGUCUUCAUUCCUCUGCAAAAGGAGCCAAACCUGUGUAGAUAUAAAAGACAACAUUGUCGAUGAAGGCUACUAUUUCACCCCGAAAGGAGAUGACCCCUGUCUGAGUUGCACGUGCCACAAUGGCGAGCCAGAGAUGUGCGUGGCGGCCCUAUGUGAGCGGCCUCAGGGCUGCCAGCAGUAUCGGAAGGACCCCAAGGAGUGCUGCAAGUUUACUUGUUUAGAUCCUGACGGCAACAGUUUGUUCGACUCCAUGGCGAGCGGCAUGCGCCUCAUCGUGAGCUGCAUCUCCUCCUUCCUGAUCUUGUCCCUGCUCCUCUUCAUGGUCCAUCGGCUACGGCAGCGGCGCAGGGAGCGCAUCGAGUCUCUGAUCGGAGCAAACCUGCACCACUUCAACUUGGGUCGCAGGAUGCCCGGUUUCGAUUACGGCCCCGAUGGCUUUGGGACUGGACUCACGCCGCUCCACCUUUCCGAUGACGGGGAAGGUGGGGCGUUUCAUUUCCACGACCCUCCUCCUCCCUACACAGCGUACAAAUAUCCAGAUAUCCAGCACCCCGAUGACCCACCUCCGCCGUACGAAGCUUCCAUUAACCCAGACAGCAUUCUUUGUUCUCCCCCAGGUGGAAUCCAUUCCCAGACAGGCCAGAGCAACCAGCUGUCCCUCGGAAACGGCGACGCAUCUCCGCCGCUGACAGAGGAAUCUCUUCCUCCUUCGGUUGGUCCUUCUCCAGCAGAGCUGGAAGACUCUGUUGACAGCAGCACCCUCCUCGUACCUCCCGACACGCCCUUAAGUGAAAGCCCACCGGCAGAGACACUUUCAGGCAGCCUCCACAGUCACUGUUCUCUGAAUACCAUUGUAUAAAGGAAAAAUUGGGGGGCGGGAGGGGAUUGGAAAAAAAAAGAAAUCUUACUGCCGGUCAGAAAUAAAUUUUUGAGCAACUGUUUGCACACCAGAUGUACAGACGGACACUAAUGGACCGAACUUCAGAAAUAAGCUCCGCUCCUUGUUUCUCUUUUCUUUCUUUUUCUCUUAUUUAGGACACUACUUUUAUGUUCUAGGAAAUCAUGCGUCUUGGCUGUUGCUGUCAUUUUCUAGCCUGGUUGGGUUGCCCUCUUUAAAUUUUAUUUUUGUUUUUUUAAAAAAAAGGAUUAUGGAAGCUGCACCUUUCUCACUAAUGGUGGGAAGAAUGCAGAGGAUGUUCUUUUUUAUCUUUCUUGAACAACAGCACCCCAACUCUUCGUUCGCAAGGAGGAAGAAAAAGCACGGAUAGCUUUUUGUCGCCUGGCCUCUUUCCACCUCCCUUGUGAAUCAUGGGAAACCGCGAGCUGUACAUUGGAUGGAGACGUUUCUUGAAUUUUGUGGGGACGGGGCUACAGGAGCUUGGAAACUCAGAAGCGGUUACAGAGAGCCUGCCUGCUGGAGAAUCUCUUUUGUCGCCCUGAAACGCUCCCCGGCCGCAACUCAGACCUUUCCUCCUUGAGCACAGAAGAUUGGAUUUUGGUGCUCCUUGUUGGGUGUCCCUUUGAACAGAAGGCAGAACCACAACCCCACCACCCUCCUGGCAGAUAGAAACAUGAGCCAAAGAAAAGAGAGGCAGGUGGACGUGGAUAUUCAGCUUUUGAUUGUCAUGUUCCUUUCAACACUGCCUUGGAGGACGGACUGCGAGGUUUAAAAAAGGGUUUGAUGGAUACUUGGCUGUUUCCUCGACGUAGCGCAGUGAGAUCCAAAUGUUUGGGGAGGGCAAGGGGGACGGUUUGCAAACACUUGUUUCCUUCUCUGUGAAACUUGUUUCCUUCUCCUGUACAGCGGCUCUUUUAAACUCUGUGACCUGCAAUGCAAUGGCUUCUAACAGGCAUUGUGCAUUUUUAAGGUUCUGGGUUUGGGGGAUGAAAUGGUGCCGGUAACUCCAUAAAGCUUCAAUGAAUUGGUCCAGUGUCAUCAGGUUUCGCGCCCCCCCCUACUCUUAUUUAAUUCUGGGUUUUCAUUAGAAUUACUUAGAUCAAUGUUAAUUUUACACCACUGGAGGGUUGAUCAUUGAAGCCUUAAAUUAUCAUUAAAAAAAUUAGGCAACCCUAGAGAACGAUAGCAGGCUUUUUGGGUGAGGGUGGAGUUUAGCACAGCAGUAAAUAUUGCGUCCGAGCAAUAGCCACUGUUGUCGUAAGUGGGAUUGGGAUUGAAAGAGUCACUAGGCAGGUGGCUGGGUUUCUUCUUUCCUUUCCCCCCUCCCCACCGUCCUCUUUGGUCCCCGGCGCUUGACAAAAGCCGUCGCCAGUGAACGUUGCUGGAAUUCAUGACGAACCCGGGUCGGAAGAUGCGUUUUGUACAGUUUAGGUCAUGACGCUCAGGGUGUUAUUCUUCCCUGAGAAGUUUUGUCUCCAGUUUGAAAGGCAAGGUGCAUUUCGUUCCAGAGUGCUUGUAAAUAGUGAGGAGGUUUCCGAAUUGAGCCGAGAGGACGCCUCUCGUCGCUAGCUGGUUUCCUUUUGGAGAGGCUGGCCAGGCGAGGAGGUGGUAAUCUCCAUCUUUUCACUGAUGUGUUCCUCUUACCUUAUGAAAGGCAGGAAGCCUAGAGGGACAGGAAAGGAACAUGGAGUGUGUGUGUGUGUGUGUGUGUGUGUGUGUGUGUGUGUGUGAGAGAGAGAGAGAGAGCGCGCGCGCGCGCUACUUUCCCACUUGCUGACCAGGCUAGUUAAGGCCCCAGCUUGUCAGGGUGCCUUACGUGGGCUGUGUUUAAAGGAAGGGGGCAGGCUUCAUUACGCAGAAGGUCCCAAUCCCCGACAUCUCCGGGUAGGGCUGGGGGAAAGGAGCCCUCUCUGAACCCCUGGAGAGCUGCUUGCCCGUCGGGAGCUGAUGGUACCCACUCGGCAAGCCGUUUGCCUGAGUCUGUAUAGGGCAGCUGUGAAGAGCCCCUGAAAACAAUCAGCACAAGCCGAUGGAAGACAAUUUGCAGCGCGGCAAUCACGGUCCUGUCCAAGCAUGUUAGAUAAUCAUUGAUAAGAGGAUCCCCUUUCCUCGAGGAGCGUUGCAGACACAGCCCUUCUGGCGGCAUAGGAUAGGCUCAUACAGUUACCCUCCUUCAGAGCACAGAAGUGCUCUGUGGAGUUGCCCCCCGGGGGGGGGUGUGAAACUGCAAGGAAACCCGUCUUGUAAUAGGAUUUUGUGUAACAAGCAUUGAUAGGUUGGCGGAACGGGUCCCCCCCUCUCCUCCCUGUGGUGGCUGAGCCAGACCCGAUGGCUACUGCAAGGCACGGCUUCAAAUGGGAUGUCCGAAUGGUUGCAGAAGUUGCCUCGCAGCCGAGGAAAACCUGGUUCCUGGAUUUCUUGCACACCCACACCCAGGAUGUAGUGCAGGACAAGAGGGAGUCCUCCUUUACUGAGAGGACUUGCAGCUCCUUCUGCCUCUCAGCUGCGAGUCCGGGUGUAGCUGGACUGCUGUGGCCACAGGUACGUGUUCUGAGUUGGAUGGUGCUGAGCGUUUCUGAAGUAUGAGAAAUAAAAGCGGGUUUUGUGCAUUUUUUAGCACACUCAUAAGUUUUAUACAUUGUAUGUACUGGCUUCUUGAGUUUUGUACGUGUGUGAGAGUGAGUGUUCAGGGUGCUGAGUAUACCUGCAUGUGCUGCCGCUUGCGAUCUUAAGCAAAGCAGAGUAGCAUGAGAUAGGAACUGGUUCUCCCCAGGCUGCAGAGCUGGCCCUUGGAUUCGUUCUGCAGCAGGUGGGUCUGGGCCUAAGAGCGGAGUAAGAUGCCCAGUCCCUGAAGUCCUUCAAUAUCAGAGCUCAGCUGGGUUAACCCAAGCGUUUGAAGUGAUCGUCACAUGCAGCCAGUCCUCAGUGUGUUAUUGCUCGGAACUGUCCAUGCUUUGCAGUGGGUCAGUGGAAGGUAAUACUGUACAGUCAUACCUCGGGUGAAAUAUGCUUCAGGUUGAGUGUUUUCAGGUUAUCCUCCGCGGUGACCUGGAAGUAAUGGAAUGCGUUACUUCCGGGUUUCGCCGCAUUCGCAGACGCUCAAAAUGACGUCACGCAGAAGCGGCGAAACGCGACCCACGCACGCGCAGUCGCGUGUUACAUUCUACUCAGGAUGCAAAUGGGGCUCCGGAACGGAUUUCGUUCGCAUCCAGAGGUACCACUGUACACAAAGCUAUUAAGAGUGUCCCUUUGAAGGCUUCUGUCCCUUUCCCAAGUGCCGGUGUUUAUUUGUUCUAUUAGCCUGUGGAGAUCUUUUAAUUUUCUUCCUGCGUUGCUUCUCGGGGCAUUGCCAGAAAGACUAGCCUGGAGAGCAGAAGACUGAGAGGGUGAGAUGAGAGCCACCUUCAAAUAUCUGGAGGGCUGGCACAUGGAAGAUGGAGCGAGCUUGUUUUUCUGCUUCUCCGGAGAGGACUCGAACUGAUGGAUUCAAAUGGCAGGAAAGGAGAUUCCGGCGGAACGUUAGGAGGAACUUUCUAAAGAUGAGAUCUGACAGUGGAACAGACUGCCUUGGUAGAUGAAGCAGAGGUUGGAGGGAUUCUUUAGCUGUGAUUACUGCAUUGCAGGGGGUUGGACUAGAUGACCCUUGGGGUACCUUCCAACAGCAGUUCCAUAAGGCCUAAUGCAGGCGCCAUAGUAAACUGCAGAACCAAUCUGCAAUGCUCAUCAGUAGUUUUUGUAUUGGGAUACAUGCCCCCCCCCCCGGCACUACAGGCUUCUGCAUCUUGCAAAUAGCCCAAUUGUUUUUCCCUCUCUUUUCUUUGUCUAUUUUUAAUACUGUUUUGCCCCAUUUUUUAGAAAAAGCCGAUGUCAGCAGUAAAGGUUCUGCAUAUCUUUCCACAAAUGUCUGAUUGAGGUUAUUGAUCUUUAACUCAGAUAUCAGAGCAUAAAUGUCUUUAGCGGUUAAUCUUGUAGCCACGGGUUCCAUGUUGACCAAUUGCUUGACCACGGGUUCCAUGUUGACCAAUUGUAGGAUGAAGAGCAGAAACAAACACACCGACAACAACAAACCUUUUAAAAGCCAAACUCUUAAUUUGAGACAAAUAGGCCUCUGCUAUGAAUUUCAGUUUAUUAAAACGAAGUCUAUUUUGGGGUUUUGUUUUGUUUUUUGCUAUUUAAAUGACACAUCCCUCUGCUUACAAGCUGCCCUUUGCAAACCCUCUUGGGCGUGCGGUUUGUGCACGAAGGUAUUUUUUUGUGUGUGUGUCUCUCCCCCCCCCCCAAUUCAACGUACACAAAAUAGUAGUCUUACUUUGGUCUGGAGGGAAGAAACUUCUCAUCGGUUCUGGGGACCCAGAUGUCGUUCUUCAAACAUUGCAUGUUUGGACAUAGGCUUGGUUGACUUCCAGUUCAUGUCUCCUCCCACCCCCAGAUGUGGGUCUUGUGUUUGAAAGGGACGGUUGUGUUGGCUUUCUGUACAUGCCGCUCCCGAUUCAGCGAGCAGGGAAGGCAGCCUCCUGGAAACCUUUGCCGCACAGUGUCAAUUUCAACAGGCCGGCAUGCGGUUGUGGAGAUGGGGAAGAGAGACAGGAAAGAGCACUUAAUAGACUGUGCAUCCUUGGCCAAAUUAAACCCCAGCUAAUGUGAAAAAGUGAAGGCAAGCCAGCAGCAGCAGAUGUGUUCAGAGGUGGUUUCCAUUCCCCAGUUUUAAGGGGAUUUCUCUUCGUAGGCACGAAGAGCCAGUUCGCACUGGCUGAAUUCCAGCCCCUCUCAUCUUUUUAUGAUGGGGAAACACCAAGGGGGAGGUCUCUAACUCUGGGUAGACCCAAGGUUUGCUUGUGAAAGAUCCAAGACUCAUCCCCUGACAGCUCCAGGUUGCAUUAUGGAAAACUCCAGAGAGCUGCUGCCAGUCAGUGUAGACUGCAGGUGGGAAUCCUGUGGUCUCAACAGGAGUUGGGCUCCAUGAACAUCUGGAGAUCCUCAGGUCCUCUUCUCCCUCUCCACCUCCCCCAGUGUAGACAAUUUGUGAGCCAGACGGACCAAUGAUUUGACGCAGCACAAGGCAGCUUUCUGUGUUCGAAUCUCUUAAUUGUCACGCUUCUUUUUUUGACGGCUGGAUGCUAGACUUGCUGUUUGCUUGGGACAUGCGUACAAGGCGACAAAUGAGACACUUGCUUAUUAGCUUCUCGGAAAAUCACUUUUAGCCAAGGCUGUGUGUCUGCAGGACUCCCCCCACCCCGUGUUGUUGAUUUGUGAUUGGAUGUCACUGUGGCUGUGUGUGCGUGCGUGUGCGUGUUAAAUAAAAAAAAAGAUUUUGAUAUUCCAUGAAAAUACUAUGUAGAAAAGAAAUUUGAUACUGUAAUAGUUCGGUCCCUGUGACAUUUUUUUUAAGUUUUAAUGUUUUGAUUUAUUAUUAUUUUAUUUUUUAGGAGAAAAAGAGGGUGGGAUGGGAUGACACUAAUCUUUUAUUUUUCUCAAGAUGCUGUGAGAGACAUUUCAUCCAAAUGCCAAAUAAAUCGUGUUCUGUAAAGAGG